GACGCGUGGUAAAGCGCCUGCAUGGAAAUAUUUUGAGAAGUGAUGCGUUUGUUUGCUUCUUUUAAUAACAUAAGUUGUAUCUAGAGAUUGACGUAUUUGUCUGGAGAAACAUGGUUUGCUUCAGCAGAUCGCUCCUAAGGAAGUAUGGUAAUUUUGUGGAUAACCUCAGAGUCUAUGUACGUGGUGGCUCUGGCGGAAUGGGAUUGCCUCGACUGGGAGGACAAGGAGGAAAAGGAGGCGAUGUUUGGGUUGUUGCUAAAGAUGGCAGCUCUCUGAAAAAAAUAAAUGACAAAUAUUCCACAAAACGAUUUGUUGCUGGCAUUGGCGCAAACAGUAGCAUACAUUGUUUAAAAGGUGAUAAAGGAAAAGAUUAUGAGUUACAUGUUCCAACUGGUGUUUCUGUGACCACAGAUGAUGGAAAGGUGCUUGGAGAAUUAAAUAAAGUUGGAGAGCGGAUGCUUGUUGCACAUGGUGGCUCUGGAGGAAGUUUUUUGUCUAAUUUUCUGCCUGCUAAAGGUGAUAUAAAUAUUAUCCGGCUGGAUCUGAAGCUCAUUGCAGAUGUGGGCCUGGUGGGGUUCCCAAAUGCAGGAAAAUCAUCAUUGUUAAGCCAGUUGUCUCAUGCUAAGCCAGAGAUUGCACAUUAUCCUUUUACAACAUUAAAACCUGAAAUAGGAAAAGUCAUGUUUGAAGAUUAUAAACAGAUAUCUGUGGCUGACUUGCCAGGUUUGAUUGAAGGAGCCCACUUAAAUAAAGGAAUGGGUCACAAGUUUCUCAAACAUAUUGAACGGACAAAGCAGCUGCUGUUUGUGGUUGACAUUAAUGGAUUUCAGCUCUCUUACAAGACACAAUUCAGAACAGUCUUUGAAACAGUGAUGCUGUUAACAAAGGAGAUAGAACUGUAUAAAGAAGAUCUCCUUUCAAAACCUUCCCUCCUUGUUGUGAACAAAAUGGAUCUGCCAGAUGCAGAGUUAAAACUGAAAGACCUUUUAGACCAACUAAAGCAUCCACAAGAUUUUGUGCAUUUGCUACCUGAAGAUAUGAUUCCCAAAAGUCUUCUGAAGUUUAGCCACAUUAUUCCUGUAUCAGCAUCUAGUGGCUUUGGCAUUGAAGAACUGAAAACUACAAUAAGACGUUCUUUAGAUGAACAGGCUUUCCAGGAAAAGCAGGAACAUCACAGACAAAAGCUGCUAGACCUUCAAGCAAGUACUCCAGAAAAGAAUGGCACAGUUAAAUCCCAUGAAACUAAAGGAGUUUGAGCUUUUGUGACCAUUUUUAUUGUGCUCACCUUUGCUUCUUGAAUACGAGAGCCCAGUUUUUAAUGUUGUAUUAUCUAGGCUAACUGUUUGGAAGAAGACGUUUGAACCUUUAAUGCUUUUUAUAAAAGCUUUCAGGAGCUAAUGCAGUUUACAGGGCAUGCUAGUCUUAAACAAGAUCAAAGUUAUGAGCUUUAGCUUUCGUUAGUAUAUUAAACAAGUUAAAUGUCUUGCCAUUUUAAGGUAACAAACUGUUUUUAUUGUAAUAUGACAGUUCUAUUGAGAAAAAAUUAUUUUAAAAGACUGUACAUACUGUAUCUUAAGUUCCUCUUUCAGAAUGUGUGCUAUAGUUUUAUUAUGAAGAGAGAUUAAAUCAGCAGAGGUUUUAAUUUAGCAAAAUGUAAAUGAAAAGUCAUCAGAUGGAGCUCUCAUGCACAUGUCUACACUCACUGAUUCAAUAUUCAGUCCCUGAAUGCUCAUCUUUAGGAUGUGGAAGGAAACCAGAAGGACCGAGAUAAAAACUCACGAGUACACAGUCAGAACAUGCUAACUUUGCAGCUGGGCAUUCAUCCAGCUGCCCAAGCUUUGGACCUUUUCUUCAAACUAAGUCACCCAGUUACUACUGAAGUACUAAGAACUCAGCAACAAAUAAGAGAUGUUCCCAUGCUUCUGUGUUUCUGCUGCAUUAGAAAUUUCUUCUUCUGACAAUAUGCUUCUUUCCUUUUCUUUGAUAAUAGAGUCUUUCAAAAAGAUAAAUCAACAUUAAUAGCCUUAAGCACUUGGAGGUGGCUGUGAGAAAGAAUAAUUUUCAUGUAGUAUGAAAGCACAAAAUAGAGUAUCACUCUUUGUAUAUUCCACUUCAGUGUGUAAAACUGCAUAAUGUCAAGAUUGAGUAGUUCUUUGUGGUUAGCACCAUGAAAUGUGGGUGUUUUGAAGUAAAAAAAAAAAUCUAACUUUUUUUGUUAGUCUUAAUUUCAAAGCAUAACACAUAAGGUAAGUAGGGUCUAAUAUCAUGGGUGUCAGUCUCAUUCAUUUCCCUUCAGUUCUGCUUUCUUUAUUAUAUACUCACAGGCAGCUAGUACCAAAGCAGGAGUAAUUCCAGCAUGGGGCAGCUGUCCUCAUAGACCCAUUUAUAUACACACACACACACACACACACACACACUGCCAUGUACACUUGCACAGUGUUUGGAGAAUUGAGUAUGGGUCCAUCUGCAUGUUGGUUACACUGCAAUCUGCUUAAGUCUGAUAUCAUCUAAAUUUACACACGUCAUCAUUUUGUUACCAGUAAUCCGAUGACCUAUGGUGAGGCUGGUCCCACCUUGUUCUUCCCAUAUUUAUAAUGUUGAUAUGCAUGUCUCUGUAUAAAUGUUGUACAUUUAAAAGCAACUGAGGAUAUAUCAGCAUACAUUUCAUUAGGUUACAGAAGGCAGAGGGGGAAAAUUUGAUUCUGCAAAUCUUAUUUUACUGUAUUCAUGCAUUUAGAAGUAUUUCCUAUGAAAUGAUUUUCACAAAUCAUUAUCCUUUGUAUACAGGCAGAGGAAAAUUAAACUUAAAAUUCUGAUGAACCAUCUAUGAACUUCCAGGAUAAACAAACUUUCAGCUGAGAGAGAGAAGAAAAAGUGAAAGAAAAGAAGGAAAAUGAAGAGAAGCUCAUGAGUCACUUGGUGUGUAUCUAUACAGAUGUUCAUCUAUAGAAGAAUGCUGCUGCUUUUAUUCUAAUUCUGGAUUUACAUGCUUUGUAUUGUCAGCUAAUUAUUUGCUUCAGUACAAAACAUUACAAUGGAGGGAUAUUGAGUAGCUGCAUUAUAACAACUCCUUGUUAACCUUUUUGCUAAUUGCACAGAUUCUGAUUUUGCUAAGUUAAAUUAUGAAGAUGAGUUUUUAAAUUUAAUUUAUGACAUGCUAUUGCUUUAUUUGAUCUUGUGAGAAAUUCCUGUUUUUCCAUGCAAGAUUACAAAAUUGGUACAAUUUGUAUACAAGACAUCUACUUCAUGGAAUAAUGCAGAAUAGAUUGUGGUGAAUAUUAUGCUUCUUCCUGUAGUAAAGAGGCAAUGGAGAAUUGCAGUUUCGAAGCAGUCGAAUUUUGAGGAUGUGUAGGAAGAAUUCUGAAAUAAACAGCAGCAGUGAGUCAAAUUCUGAUUAGCUGUUCCUUGCAACCCAAACAAACUUUCACUGGAACAUUUAAACGUUAAUACUAAUGGGGAUAAAUCAGAGUUUUGUGAUCUGUGUUUAGGGGAUGAAAUCUUCAUUUCUUGCUACCUGGUAUUUUACACUAUAAGGGUGUCAAUGUAUAUGUAGUUAACAACUAUCAGCUUCAAAGGCCAUAUUGGAUUUAUGUACUGCUUAAAAAAAUUAAAGGAACCCUUUUUAAUCGGAGUAAAGCAUUAAGUCAGUGAAACUUCUGGACUAUUGAUCUGAUUAGUUAAGUAGCAGAUGGGGUUGUUAAUCAGUUUCAGCUGCUUUGGUGCACUAGAGGGGCAACAAUGAGAUGACCCCCAAA